UUUUUCCCUCCUCCAUAAUGUAAGUUCGAAAAUAUGGAAGUUAUCAGCACGACUGUGAAUCCUGUCUUGAUUGCAGUCAAUGCAAGUCAUCAGAAUCAGCCAGCGUGACGACCAAAAAUGCCGUGCCAGUACACGGUGACUGUGGCUACAGGCAGCCAGUGGUUUGCAGGGACUGACGACUACAUCUACAUCACACUGGUGGGCAGUGAGAGCUGCAGCGAGAGGACCCUGCUGGACAAACCUUUGUACAAUGACUUUGAAAGGGGAGCGGUGGACUCCUACCUGGUGAGCAUGGAGGAGAACCUGGGUGAGCUUGUGUUGGUGAAGCUGGAGAAGAGGAAAUACUGGGUGCAGGACGACUGGUACUGCAGGUACAUCGCCGUGAAGACUCCAGGUGGAGACUAUAUGGAGUUCCCGUGUUACCGCUGGCUGGUGGGCGACAAGGAAGUGGUGCUGCGGGAUGGACGGGCUCAGCUGCCUCAGUGGGAUAAGACUAGCCUGGUCAAGCAGCACAGACAAAACGAGCUGGAAAUGAGGCAAAAAGCUUACAGAUGGAUGGAGUGGCAGCCAGGCUUUCCUAUGAGCAUAGAUGCAAAAAGACAUACGGAUUUACCACGGGACAUCCAGUUUGACAGUGAGAAAGGAGUGGAUUUCGUAUUGAACUACAGCAAAGCAAUCGAGAACCUGUUUGUGAACCACUUCAUGCACAUGUUCCAGUCGUCCUGGAAUGACUUUGCAGAUUUUGAGAGGAUCUUUCUAAGAAUCAAAAACACCAUCUCAGAGUAUGUGAUGCAACACUGGAAAGAAGACUUCAUGUUUGGCUACCAAUUCCUGAAUGGCUGCAAUCCCGUCGUCAUUCAAAAAUGUAACAAACUUCCUGAGAAGUUUCCCGUCACCAAUGAGAUGGUUGCUAUCAGCCUGGAGAGAGACUUGACACUGGAACAGGAAGUAGAGGCAGGGAACAUCUACAUAGUGGACUAUGAAGUGCUGGAUGGCAUCAAACCAAACUGCACAGACCCAUGUACCCUGCAGUACCUGGCAGCGCCCCUCUGUCUUCUGUACAAGAACACACACAACAAGAUCCUGCCAAUCGCCAUACAGUUGGCUCAGACUCCCGGCGAGGACAACCCCAUCUUCCUGCCCACAGACAGUCAGUACGACUGGAUGCUGGCGAAGGUCUGGGUGCGCUCGGCCGACUUCCAGCACCACCAGACGGUCACGCACUUACUCAGAACGCAUCUGAUCUCAGAGAUGUUUGCCAUCGCCAUGUUCAGGCAGCUCCCUGCGGUCCACCCUGUGUAUAAACUGCUCAUGCCACACGUCCGCUUCACCAUCGCCAUUAACACCAAGGCCAGGGAGCAGCUCAUCUGUGAGUGCGGUAUCUUUGACAAGGCCAACGCCACAGGUGGAGGAGGUCAUGUUCAGCUGGUCCAGAAGGCCAUGAAGUCUCUGACUUUCAGGUCUCUCUGCUUCCCUGACAUGAUCAAAGCUCGUGGAGUGGACAACAAGCAGGAGCUGCCUACCUACUUUUACAGAGACGAUGGCUACAAAGUGUGGGAGGCCACCAAAGGCUUCGUGUCCGACGUGGUCACCAUUUACUACGCCAGCGAUAAGACGGUGAAAGGAGACGAGGAAAUCCAGGCCUUUGUUAAAGAUAUUUGCAACUUUGGCAUGCAGGGCUUCGAUUCCUGUGAGUUCCCCAAGUCACUGAAAUCACGCGAUGAGCUGAUUGAGUUCUUGACUGUCAUCGUGUUUACUGCUUCAGCCCAGCACGCCGCCGUCAACUUUGGACAAUACGACUGGUGUUCCUGGAUCCCUAAUGCUCCAUCCACCAUGAGAAGGCCUCCUCCCCACAAGAAGGGCUUGGCAAACGUGACCCUGAUCAUCGACAGCCUGCCUGACCGAGGACGCUCCAGCUGGCACCUGGGGGCCGUCUGGGCCCUCAGUCAGUACCAGGAGAACGAGUUGUACUUGGGAAUGUACCCCGAUGAGCACUUCAUCGAGAAGCCAGUGAGGGAAGCCAUGGAGAAGUUCAGGAAGAAUCUGGCAGAGAUCAGCAGCGCCAUCAAGACGAGGAACGAGGGAAAGAAACUGCCUUAUUAUAACAUGUCACCUGACAAAAUCCCUAACAGUGUUGCUGUUUGAGGGGCUGCAUGGUUAUUAUAUUGUACUGUUUUUUUAAUUAAAUAAAUGAGGCAAUAAAAUACUAA